AUUUGUUUCCAUUUCUCUAUGACGUCAGUGACAUUUCGAGACCCCUAUGAAUGGCACCGCACAGGUUGUAGUGGACUCUACGGCACGCCAUCUUACAACGACGCAUCUUAGAACGACGCCAUCUUACAACGACGCCAUCUUUCCACGAGGCCAUUCUUUUAUCUUUUCAAAACUACUUUUAAAUUUCGGUAUGCACUGUGUCGAUGGAGAUUAAGGAUCGUGGAUAAACAGAUAGAUUUAUUAGAAAAUUCUUUUAAAAAAAAAUUACUUUCUUUAAAUUAAGGUCUAUUAAAACGCACGUCUGGCACAUAACAGGACUUUGACAUUUAAUCAUUAUAUAUAAUUAUUGCGUAUACAGGAUGUGGUAGGCGGGAUGGGCCCCUAGUGUUAAGAUAAUCUCAACUGGUCAAUGUGUUAAAUGCGGUAGGCCACUAGUGUUUAGAUAAUCUUAACUAGUCAAAGUGUGUAAAUGUGGUAGGCCCCUAGUGUUAAGAUAAUCUCAACUGGUCAAUGUGUUAAAUGCGGUAGGCCACUAGUGUUUAGAUAAUCUUAACUAGUCAAAUUGUGUAAAUGUUGUAGGCCCCUAGUGUUAAGAUAAUCUUAACUGGUCAAUGUGUUUAAAUGUGGUAGGCCCCUAGUGUUAAGAUAAUCUUAACUAGUCAAAGUGUGUAAAUGUGGUAGGCCCCUAGUGUUAAGAUAAUCUUAACUGGUCAAUGUGUGAUUUACACCAUCCGGGGAUCACAAUAGAUAAUCUUAACUAGUCAAAGUGUGUAAAUGUGGUAGGCCCCUAGUGUUAAGAUAAUCUUAACUGGUCAAUGUGUGUAAAUGUGGUAGGCCCCUAGUGUUAAGAUAAUCUUAACUGGUCAAUGUGUGUAAAUGUGGUAGGCCCCUAGUGUUAAGAUAAUCUUAACUAGUCAAAGUGUGUAAAUGUGGUAGGCCCCUAGUGUUAAGAUAAUCUUAACUGGUCAAUGUGUGUAAAUGUGGUAGGCCCCUAGUGUUAAGAUAAUCUUAACUGGUCAAUGUGUGUAAAUGUGGUAAACCCCUAGUGUUUAGAUAAUCUUAACUAGUCAAAGUGUGUAAAUGUGGUAGGCCCCUAGUGUUAAGAUAAUCUUAACUAGUCAAUGUGUUAAAUGUAGUAGGCCCCUAGUGUUAAGAUAAUCUUAACUAGUCAAUGUGUUAAAUGUUGUAGGCCCCUAGUGUUAAGAUAAUCUUAACUAGUCAAUGUGUUAAAUGUAGUAGGCCCCUAGUGUUAAGAUAAGCUCAACUGGUCAAUGUGUUAAGUGUUAGGUCACUCUGUAAAUGUAUUUUUGAAGAACGGCAUUUGGGAGUGCACCAUCGUGACCUACAUUUCUCUACAGUGUAGAUAGGGGCUGUCCAUAAAGUAUAUCACACAACUAUAAAAUAAUUUUACCACAUUCCUCCCGCUGUCAAAAUUCUCAAGCACCCCAGCCCCACUGUCACAACUGUCACAAUUCUCACCCCACCCCAGCCCCGCUUUCACAAUUCUCACCCAACCCCAGCCCCGCUGUCACAACUGUCACAAUUCUUACCCACCCCAGCCCCAAUGUCACAAUUCUUACACACCCUAGCCCCAAUGUCUCUAUUUCCAACCGCUCUUCCAAACCUCCAGCUCUGUCUAUUGGAGUUCCUCAAGGAUCGGUCCUUGGGCCGGUCCUUUUCAUCCUCUACACUAAACCUCUAUCAUCUCUCAUUAGCCACCACUCAGUUUCCAGUCAAUCCUUUGCUGAUGACACUCAAAUCAGUGACUCUUGCUUUCCUGAUCAACUUGAUGCCACAAUCCUUCGCAUACAGGAGUGCGUGGACGAUGUAAAGCGUUGGAUGACUUGCAACAAACUGAAGCUAAAUGAUGAUAAAACGGAAAUCCUUCUCAUCCACUCUCAAAACAAACCUCUCCCUCCAUUCGCUCCUUCUUCUAUAUCUAUUGGCAACUCUGACAUCACACUCUCUCCCUCUGCCAGAAACCUUGGAGUCACGCUUACGGACACCCUCUCCAUGGACAAACAUGUCACGAAUAUAUGCAGAUCAGCAUAUAACGAAAUUAGAAAAAUCAGCACCAUUAGACACCUCCUCUCCUUUGAUGCCACAAAAACUCUCGUCUCUUCACUCAUUCUUUCAAAAUUUGACUACUGUAACAUUCUUCUCUCAGGCAUUCCUCAACACCACAUAGAAAAACUUCAGAAGGCACAGAACUCAGCAUGCAGACUCAUUUUUAAAUUAAAGAAACAUGACCACAUUCAACCACACAUGCGGCAACUCCACUGGCUUCCAAUAUCCUCUCGCAUCAAAUACAAGUCUGCCAAUCUUUGCUUCAACUCGUUCACUGACCCUCACUUUCCUGUCUAUCUCUCUGAACUGUUGCGUCCUUACAUCCCCACAAGACAACUACGUUCUUCCAUUGACAGUAGAACCCUCUCAAUCCCAAGAACCAAAACUAAGACCAUCGGUGAACGCUCUUUCUACUUCCAUGGGCCCACGUUCUGGAACCAGCUACCUUUCCAUAUCCGUCAUUGUGAAACCUCGUCCAUUUUCAAAAAGUCCCUUAAAACUCAUCUGUUUAGGUCCGCCUAUGACCUGUGAAGCACCCUCCUUGCCCUACCUCAUUUUCUGUUUCGGGUUGAUCCUGAAGUAUAGGCCAUAACGUGUCAAAUUGUCCUCAUUUUAUAGCCAUUUUCAUUGUUUCUAUAGUAUAGUAGUUACUAUCCUAAUGUCUCAUUUUUAUUUUAGUCAGUUUACAUAUUUUUAAUAAUUGUAAAGCACUUAGAGCUUUAAGGUAAGCGCUAUAUAAAAAUGCCUAAAUAAUUAAAUGUCACAAUUCUCACCCAACCCCAGGCCCGCUGUCACAACUGUCACGAUUCUCACCCACCCCAGCCCCAUUUAAAGAACCUCACAAUUUCCUAAUUACAAGUUUUUAAUAAGAUUAAAAGCUAAGUAAAAUUUCACCUGAAACACAUUUCACUAGUACGCUAUUCAAUUUAUAAAAGUGAUAACUCAUCAGAAUACAUCCAUCACAACAGAAAGUUAAAUAUCCCUGUCAAUGCCAUGUUUUAUUUGCAUGAUUAAUGUCUUCACAAAAAGAUCUUUUACAUCAUCCCCCCUCAAACCCCGUAUCAUAAACUUCCACACUUUCUAUGUAGCCCCCCCCCACCCCAACCCUUUGAAGGACCAGGUACUUUUAGGACGGCCCCUUACGUAGUCAUUAGCCAGGCAUUGAGUUGGAUACAGAUCGAAGACGUUAUUGAAGAUCAGCUUUGGGGAUAACGCUACGAAGGGAGCUGUUCGUGAACGAAUGACUUUGAUGACGCGGCUCAGUUGGCGUUAGUGGCACUGUUGGGGUUAGUGCCACUCGCAAUGGGUCAAAUAAUUUUCCGCCCCAAUUCCACGAUGAACCCCUGCAGUUGUCGAAAAUCUCGCCAUUUAUUAUAAAGAAAAAAGCUGCCACCAGGGGCAAAUCACAUCCCACUCACCAACCCCCCUUUUCAUACGCCACUGACUUAGAGAUGUCCAAUGUCUUAACUGUGUUUUUGUGAUCUCUCCUUGUAGAUCUCAAGCCUUAAGAUGGAAUCCGGAAGUAACAGAAAAUAUGUGUACAUUGUUGUGUGCGCGAGCGCCCUGUUCACCUGUGGCGUGUCUCAGAUCAGCAUCAUAUCCGGCAACACCACCGAGAACAGGACAACAUUCGCUGGCCUGGCCUACGUCACACAAUUCGACAACACUAAUUACACGGUGGCCAAAUUCCUCGGGAUCGCCUAUGCUCGGCCACCCUUGGGAGAGAAGCGGUUCUCUAAACCGGAACCCGUCGACCACGGCAACAUGACGUACGACGCGACCCAGUUUAAAAGUAUCUGUUACCAGAGAGCUGCGCCCAACGACGGCUGCCAGAAGGGAAACACUAUGGCCGAAGACUGUCUUUACCUCAACAUUUACGUCCCUUUGCCCAGCAUAAAUCCAUUGACUGUGUCAUCGACUGAGUCAUCCGUUAGCAACGCUUCAUUACCGACGAUGUUACUUCCUGAAGUUCAAGAUAAAUUUCCCGUCUUCGUCUUCAUCCAUGGCGGUGCCUACGUCGAUGGCAACGGGAAUUGUUACAGCGGCUCCGUUUUGGCGGCGUUUGGUGAAAUCAUCGUCGUCACCAUCAACUACAGGCUCAACGUUUUCGGCUUUAUAUCCACCGAUGAUGAUAUCAUACCGGCUAACCUGGGGCUGUGGGACCAGCACGAGGCCAUCAAGUGGGUCAGUGAAAAUGUUCACAUUUUUGGCGGAGAUCCAACUCGGAUAACUGUGGGCGGACAUUCUUCGGGUGCGUAUAGUGCCGUAUUCCAGGGCUUGUUCCCGGGGAACGACAAUCUUUUCCACAGGGUCAUCUCCCAAAGCGGAACUCCUGCGUCCCCGAAGGGCAUCUUCCUCAAAAGCUACACAACCGCGAGGAAUCUGGCGACCUCUUUGGGCUGUAACAUCACGGGGGCGGCCAAUACAAGUUCUGAGAUCAAAUCGUGUCUGAUGAAACAAGACGCCACGCGCCUCGCCGAAGCGGUAGUGCCCCCUAUUGUCCCUUUCAGUCUGGGUAUUGCGCCCACCAUCGACGGAAAUUUCGUCGCCGUGGAUCCAUUCACGAUAUUGGAGAGGCCCUCUGAACGCGAUCCCGCAUUGAAGAUUCCAGAUGGGUUUAGGGGCAAAGAUCUUUUGAUAGGGUUCACUGCAGAAGAUGGUGAGGUCAUCUUGAGGCUGCGUGCCAGGGAAAAGGUCUUGGAGACCAACAACAUGUCCUUUAUUAGCGAGCUUCUCAGGUCGCCCCUUUCACGAGAAGCGUGGAUGCAGCUGAUAUUUGAAAUCCUAGCCGAGUCAAGUGAUGACCGUGUGGACGAUGUUUUAAUCGGCGCCGUCCUGGACAAGUACAUGGACUGGAGCGCCCCAGAUGACCUGGUCGUGUUGAGCAAUCGGGUCGUUAGGAUGCUGACAGAUGUUGUGUUCGCCAUACCGGCUGUGAAUACCGCACUGAGCCAUGUGCUGAGUUCACACAACAUCACGUUAUCUAUGCCCGGAGAUGGUAAUAGUACAGGUAUCAACAGCAUAGCCACCAACAGCACAGCCGCCAACACCACAGCCGCCAACAGUGAUGCCACUAGCGGCACAGGCGGAACAACGUUCCUGUACAGGUUCACCCUGCCCAUCACCAAUGAACAGUACACACGGAAGUACAUCUCCUGGUUGUCGGGCACCGAGCACUCAGACGAGAUCCCAUUCGUUUUCGGGCAGAUAGUCAGUAACGGCUCAGUCAGAAUCGCCAAAACCGUUAUGAAAUAUUGGUCCAACUUUGUGAAAACAGGGUAG